GAUUAUAAAGGUAUUUUGUAUGUGUUACCCUGAGAGAAGAAAGUAUUUGUACUUUUGAGGAGGACAUUCAUACCGUAUCUCUAGGCUGGCAGUUCUCUAUUCAUGUCUGAAAAUCUAACUUUUCGUUAUAGAUGAAAAACAGAUUUUUUAAUUAACUAAAUUGUUUAUAAGGAGCACAAACUUAACAUCUCUCAUUCGACAAAAUGGCUGAAACUGAGGAUGAGAACUCGACUCCUGUUACCGAAAUGGAGUUCAAGGAUUACUCAGGACCGGAGUUGGAGUCUCUCCAGAAAUACCUACCCGUGUACCAGCAGCUGGUUGAGGUGGUACCAAGCAGUACCCUCAUGCCAGCCACCUACAAGAAGUACCAUGAUCAGUACCAGAGAUUCCAGUCGCGACCUACCGACGUUUGGAUCGCAUCACAUCCUAAAGCAGGUACGACAUGGACACAAGAGAUGGUGUGGUGCUUGCUCUACACUCUACAGUCGCCUCGUCUUACAGAACUCCUACCAGCCCGCUCACCGUUCUUCGAGUGGGACUCCCUUUUCCCGGACUGGCACUCCAUGGAGCACCUGCCUGACGACGACGUCAACAAGACGGGCGUCAUGUGGGACAUCCUGACGAAGACCUUACCAGACCCUCGCAACAUCAAGACUCACGUCCACUGGGCCCUGCUGCCGCCCUCUGUACACGCCUCGAAGGCCAAGAUCGUGUACGUGUGUCGUGACCCCCGUGAUCUCUGUGUCUCGUAUUACUACCACCAUAUUAAGCUCGAGGGCUACACCGGCGACUUCGAUACCUUCGUCAAGAUAUUCCUUGCCGACGCACUGCCUUGGGGUCCAUUCUGGAGCAACGUGCUGAGCUACUGGCAGCGCAGGCACCAGCCCAACGUAUUCUUCUUCACAUUCGAACAACUCAAGAAGGACUUGCCCGGCACUCUGCUCCGACUUGCCGAGUUUCUGGGCAUCAAGAGAGGAGGGUCAGAGGGCGCCCUAGGGGCUUCAGAGCUGGCGGCUCUGACAGAGCAUCUCUCCUUCAGCAGCAUGAGCACCAACCCCGCCACCAACAACGAGGUCCUCGCUGCGGCCGCCAUCAACCCAAACACCGCGGGGCAGGUCAAGUUUAUGAGACAAGGCAAGGUUGGCGACCACGCAAGCCACUUGAGCGCUCAACAACUCCAGCAGUUCAAGAAGUGGACGGAGGAGGCGUUGAAAGAUUCAGACUUCCCGUACUAUCGCAAUUACGAGUAACGUUUACUGAAUAAUUCAAUUUUAACCUUAUUAAUGUUAAUGAGUAACCUUGUAGUGCCACCACUGUUGAAAUUAACCGUAUUGUCGUGUGGGGGAUGUGGGUAACUUUGCGACGUUUUCUUUUACUCGUACAGCAUUUGUAGGGUUCGUUGCUACUGUAAAGGUAUAUUUAAAUCAAUUGUUGAUAAGGUAAAAGUAUAAUUGAAUUCAUGACUUAUUAUCAGCAUGAUAGAAAAUGUAACUAAAUUGAUAUAAAUAUUUUUAUUUAAUUACUGAUAUAAUAAAAGUAUAUUUGAAUUCAUGGCUUAGUUUCAGCAUGAUAGAAAAUGUAACUAAAUGGCUAUAAAUAUUUUUUAAUUAAUUACUGCGUUAAUAAAAGUAUAUUUAAAGUCAUGACUUAUUACUAGCAUAACAGGUAACUAGAGAUUUAAAAAUAUUACUUAUAUAAUUGCUGAGAUAAUAAAAGUAUAUAUGAAUUCAUGACUUAUUAAUAACUUGACACAAAGUGUGACUCAGGGCUCAUCUAUUAUCGUCGUUGAUAUUUCUUAUAAUGGAAAUUACCAGCGAGUUUAGGUUCGUUUCGAAAUCUAUCUAUGUAUUAAUAUAGAAAUAGUAAUGUGACAAGACAGAACUCGACACUUUACACUAAUUUGUAUCCUAUGACACAAAUUGGCCCAAAGCUGCUACUAAAUAAAAAAGUAUUACCUAUUAACUCAUUGGAAAAAUUUCGUACUAAUUUAUAACAAUAAGAGCAUUUCUAUAAUUAACACAAAUAUCGAAUGGUUCUUUGUCUCAGAAUUAACU